GAAUACGUUGCUGUGCUUCCGGUUUGUGACUUGUCCUGUCAAUCAUCAGCAUCACGUCUCCUCUCGCGCGCAGCAACAGCAUCCACGAGCUCUUGUGUCACAUGCGCACAGCCCGAGCGAUUUCCAAACAACGUGGUGUUUUUGUGGUUCACGUCGGGUUAAAACACUCGGUAAUUAGAAGAAAAAAACAAUAAAGAGAUGGAUAAAGACUUUUUUCCUACGCCGGGACGUCUGUUGACAUUUGUGAGGCAACUCAAAGAAGUGUUUGACUUGUGUGACGAAGACUCAGACGGGUUUAUCCGCCCUGAACACUUUGUGCAGUUGGGUUCCCAGUUUGGACAGGCAGAACAGGUGAAGAAGUUGGCCCAAUGUCUAGACCCGGACACCUUUGGGAGGAUCAAUUUCAAAAACUUCUGCCGUGGUGUCCUCACCAUGAAAGGUUAUGUUGAAGUCCUAAAAAAGGAAAGAAGGACACAGUUCAUCACAGGGCCAUAUGAGACAGCUAAGAGUUGCUAUCGGCUUUAA